AUUAUGCAAACCUGUACUGAUUGUAUGGGGUAAGACUGACAAUGGAUCUCCGAUAUCAAUUCAAACGUCUUCAAUUAUAAAUGCGUAUGAUGAAAUUAUAUCAUGGAAAAAGAAUGUGUUCUUGCCCCCUUAUGGGAAAAUAGGACGAUAAUUUAUCGACCAAUUGACAAUGCAUAUUAAUCAAUGGAAUAAUAAAUCAGACAACCAACAUAUUGCGCUGAAAACCUUUUUUGUAUUGCUUGCUGUCGGGCUGCAAAAGUGGGGACCAAAGUCUAAAGCAAAAGACCACAAAGAAUGCUUAAAGAAACGUUUGGCGUCAUGGAAAAGUGGAGAAAUCGAUAAACUGUUGCACGAAGGAAGAGUGAUUCAAAGUCGUAUUGGAAAAGGAAGGAAAUCUGAACCACAAAACAAAGCAAAAAUAUUUGCAAAACUUGUUAUGGAAGGUCAGAUAAACUCAGCAAUGCGCUUUCUGAACGAUGAUAGUUCGGUAGGGAUUCUAUCGCUAACAGAUGAUGCAAUGCAACAGUUACGAGAGAAACACCCAGAAGCACAGCCAGCAAAAUCGAGAGUCCUACUUCGAGGACCAGUUCAAGAUAUACCAGAGAGUAUAUACCUCACAAUAAAUGGAGAAAUGAUACGAGACGCAGCUCUGAGGACAAAAGGAUCAGGGGGGGCAUCUGCUGUUGAUGCAAAUGGUUUAGUAAAAUUAUUUAAGCAUUCGUCAGUAGCGCUUUGUAAUGCGUUAGCAACAUUGGCACGGAGCCUUUGUGCGGAAUAUGUUGACCCAUCGUCAAUAGAAUCUUUAGUUGCAAGUCGCCUUAUUCCCUUAGAUAAAGGUGGAGGUGGAGUUCGACCCAUUGGAGUUGGAGAAGUGGUACGAAGAGUAAUCAGCAAAAGCGUAAUGAAUGUUGUCAAACCCGAUGUAAUGAGUGCAAGUCGUUCACUUCAGCUAUGUGCUGGUCAACCUUCCGGAAGUGAAGCUGCAAUUCACGCCAUGCGCAACAUUUUCGAUGAAGAUGACACUGAAGCGAUCCUACUCAUUGAUGCGUCCAAUGCAUUUAAUUCCCUAAAUAGAACAGCCGCUCUCAACAACAUAAGGAUCGUAUGCCCGAUGGUUGCGACCUAUGCGAUAAACACGUAUAGACUGCCAACGAGAUUGUUUGUCCUUGGUGGUCAGGAAAUGAAAUCAUCGGAAGGUACAACGCAAGGCGAUCCAUUGUCUAUGGCUCUAUACGCGAUCAGUCUGCAACCACUUAUUACACGCUUACACAUCACGUCUUCUACAAAGCAAUGCUGGUUUUCUGACGACGCUAGUGGAGCAGGGACCGGAAUACAGCUGAAGAAAUGGUGAGAUACAUUGAUAGAAGAUGGUCCUGAAUACGGUUACCACCCCAAAGAUGACAAGUGUUGGUUGAUUACAAAACCGGAGAAAGAAGAGAUUAUAAGAGAAAUAUUUAAAGAAACAGAGAUAAAUAUCACGACAGAAGGAAAAAGGCAUUUAGGAGCAGUUGUUGGUUCAAGGUCAUACCUGAACGAAUAUGUCAACGAAAAGGUGGAAGAAUGGGUGAAAGAGAUAAUCAAUUUGGCUGAUUUUGCAACAACACAGCCUCAAGCAAGCUAUGCAGUUUACACUUUUGGGCUGAAACAUCGAUGGACGUACUUCCUUCGAACAUUACCUGAUAUUCAAGAUCUGUUGCAACCAUUAGAAGAAGUGAUUACAAAAUUCCUCCUGCCAGCUUUGAUUGAUCACAAAUGUUCCCCACUAGAGCGCGAAAUGCUAGCCUUACAUGUUAAAAAAGGUGGUAUUGGGGUCACAAAUCCAUGCAUUGAAGCAACAUUGGAAUAUUCGGUAUCAAGAAAGGUAACAACACUAUUGGUAGAACAAAUUCAAGAGCAAAUACACGAACUUCCUGAUGAUUCAGGAGUACAUGAGCUGAAGCAAAUGGCACGAAAAGAGAAGAACGAUACUUUAAAUGUAAUGGCUAAACCCGUCGUUGACUCGGCACCACCGAAGAUGAAACGAAUGAUAGAGCUUGCCUCAGAGAAAGGAGCCUCCUCCUGGUUAACAGUCGUCCCUGUAUCCGAGAUGGACCUUCAUUUAAACAAGCGGGAGUUUAGAGAUGCAUUGAAUUUGAGAUAUGAUUGGCCGUUCAAAGAUAAUCCAACAAGAUGUGCAUGUGGAGAUCUUUUCAAUAUCGACCAUGCUAUGAUAUGUAAGAAAGGAGGUUUUAUCAUUCAACUCCAUAACGAAUUACGAGAUCUGGAAGCUGAGCUGUUGAAUAUUGUCUGUAACGAUGUCCAAAUUGAACCAGCUCUGCAAGAAGUAAAUGGUGAAGUGCUAAACUCAGGAUCAAACAAAUCACAAGAUGCCAGAUUGGAU